CGAAAAGUUCGAAUAGGCGCCAUAUUUGUGACAGAUGCAAAUGUUUAUUUUUUGACGGAAAAAUAAAAAGUUUCCUGUGUUUUAUGCGCUAGUGUGUGGUUUAUGAUGAAAGUCUGGUACAAUGGUGUUGGGGAAGACAACUGAUGAAGGGGUAAACACGGAAUUACCUCCCCUGACACUGCAGUGUAUGACACAGAAUCAGCUGGAAAACUUAAUACCAAAAUUAGUAGCCAAGGUGACAGGUCGGAAAACCCCGAAGUUUGGGGCAGUCCAAUACAAACCUAGCUGGUGGCCCUCUUCACUUGAAUGGACCAACCCAGAGACACUAUCUGACCUCUACCAGAACCCAUGUGAGAAGUUACGGGAGAUCGUACGCAGCUGUUACUGCUAUAUGGACCAAGACGGUCUUCUCAGACGUGGUGACUUAUCCCCCCUCUCUGUAGAACGACCCGCAUCACCCAUCGUUGAAGCUGAUACAGAGAUGUGUAGCACAGACUCUGAAAAACAUGCCACCUCUGCUCAGAGUCAAUCUAGUCCUACCAAUAAAACGUUCAAAGGUGAAAGAAAGAAAGCAGAGACUGGCCCUGACUCUGAUCUCAACAGACAUUUGAAUAAAGGAGAGGAGAAAUUUGGAGAUGAUAGCAGUGAAGUUAUGGUCAUUGACUUGAGUGAUAAUGAAAGCGAUGCUUUUGACAAUGAAAAGGUGACUGCAGGUACAUCUAAAGAUAUGGCCAUUGAAGCAUUAACAGUUGGUAAGAAUAAACCUGAUGGAGGAAGUGGUAAAGCUAAGAACCUGUCUGUUGAAGAACUGAUUAAUGAAAUCUCCAAGGAAGGAGGUGAAGCCAGUGUUAUUGAUAAAGCUGAGGAUAUAACGCCUGACUUGAUUGCUCAAAUAGAUCUUGAAAUUGCCAAGUCCAUUAAACAGGCUCUAGGAUUGGUGGAUUCAAAUCAAACGUCUAAGACUGCUGGUGGUGCUAAUGGAAAUAACAAUCAGUCAGGAAAAGGGAAAAGACCGAAUAUCCUUAACAGAAUUCCUAGGGUAAAGAAAAGGGGUUCAUUGUUUACCAAAGUUGAUGUUAGUGACACACAAUCUAUGAGUGAUUCGGAAAUAAUGUCUGUAAAAUUUAAACAGUGGAAAGAAAAGAAUGAAGAAAAAACAAAUGCAAGGAAGUUUACUUGGAAAACUGAGACAGGGUCAGCUAAUAAGGUUAUAAAACCUGAGGCAACAAGUUAUGAUUCUGAUCCAGAAAGUUUGACAAAAGCAGCCAUGGAGAAAAUUAAAGAAUUAGACGAACUAAUUAUGAAGAUUAAACCUGCCAGCAGAGAAGACAAGCAUGAAGAUGAGGUUGUGUGGAUUUGUUUCAUCUGUGCCAAAAGUUUUCCCGACCAGUCCGAAUUGAUGGCUCAUCAGGACAUCUGUGAGGAGGGUGAAACCAGCGACACACAAUGUCCAAUCCUAACACCUGGGCCAAGGGUCUCGCUCACUGAUUCCACAGAUCAGGGGGUGCAACCAGUGCCAACGCUGCUUCGAAAAGUGGGCUCAAAUAUUAAGUCUCUUCCCCUUGGGUUGCCAAGCAGACCUAGAAUUGUUAGGAGACCAAAAUUUGUGGAUAUCUAUAUUCCACCAGGAAGAGACGUUUACUUCGAAGCUCUUGGACUUGUGCAAACACCAAAGGUUGAAGAAAUUAUUAAGUCUCCCCGUAAGAGUGUGACAGAGGAUGAUUGUCAGAUUAUUGACCUUACAGUCGAUGAUGAGCAAACGGUUCCAAUAACUCCGCGAAGUCGUUCUCUCAUGUCACAAUUGAGUAACGAGGGGGGUAGUGCCAGAAAACGCCAACUCAGUUUCUCCCAAUCUUCGCCUGUUAAAAACAUUGCAAGUAAAAUGGUGAAUAAGUUGGAAGAACAGUCCCAAUCUUCAGAGUCUAGUGAUGAGGAUUGUCGUCGUCUACCAGUAAGGAAAGUUCUGCCAAAAUCCACCAUUUUGGGUAUUCCCCUCACAUCACCAUUGGGACAAAGGCUAAAGAAGCAUUGGAGCUUUGAUAAUAAAGUGCCUGUUGUGAAAGACAUUGAGCAAUAUUGUAAGAAUAAUGUUGUAGAAGAUUUAGCUGAAAGGGAAAGGAAAAAGAACCCAAUGGUGGAAAAGUUGAGGAAUCGCCCCCCUCCUCAAGUGACUUUCAAGUUUACAAAAAGGUAUAUGAACAAGUGGUCUCAUAUGUACAAAUUUAAUAGAGUUGAGCGUAGAGAGUUUGAGAAAAGCCUAAGAACUGGCCUUGGACGUGAGAGUCGCUUAAGACUCAAGAGGAUGAAGGCAUGUAAGGUGGUUAUCCGGAGGAUAAGCAAGAAAGAUAUCAAGUACUGGACAACGCCUCGGCCCAAAAUCCACCAAGCAAGGGCAAUGUUGUCCCAGUUUAUAAGGCAAAAGCCUAAUGCUUGUCAGCGGCCACAGAUCCGGCAGAGAAACACCAAUCAGUAUCGGCUCCCAGCUCAGCAGAAAACUGUCUUUUCCAGCACAAAUUUUCAAACAUUCCAUCCCCAUCAGACUUCUCUUUUAAAUCCAAGAGGCCUUCGACCUCAGCUACUUGGAAUUCAACCUUCAGCAUCCAUUCCUACUCCGCAGUUACUGGUGCGCUCAAUUCAAGGUGGACAAGGGAUGCAACUCCAGGUCCUUGAGGUUCAAAGUUCACAGCUUUUAGGACAGAACGUGUUUUCCUCCCCUCCCAAGCAUAGUCAGAAAAGGAAACAAGUGUUCAAUAACAUAAGAGAAGAUGAUAUGGUUAUCUGUUUGUCAUCUGAUGAUGAAGACAAAAGUGAAAAUCCUAUUCAGUCUGCUUGUGAAAUGGGUAAACAGUUGAAAAAUUUGUGUGACAUGCAUGAGAAGCGUAAGAUUGGACCUGCAAGUUUUAUGAAGUCUCAAAGGGAGCGGAAAGAAAGGGCUCGAUCCAGAUCAAUGUCGGUAUCUGAGGCUGAAAGCCCGGUGGUGAAUCAGACAGAAUUCAAUCCUACUGGUUUAAUCAUAGCUGGUGCUACAAGCCUUAGAGGCCCUAGCCCAUUUGAUGGCUCAACUCAUGUGCGAAUCAACAACGGGCAGAUGACAGUCUUAAACUCUCAGCCAGAAGGUUCAUCAGACAAUCCUGAUGAGAUUAUUGCAAAAGGGGAACAUUUGGAAGAUGACAAGUCCAAUGUGGUUAAGAUACAACCAGCAGAUGAAUUUAUGGAUUUUGAGGUGAUUUGUAUAGACUCUGAUGGAGGGGAUUGAACAAGGGAUAAAAUGUUAGAUGAAAUGGGUUAAACUUUCUGAAAUGGUGAUAGUCAUUGAAUGAGCAUUUCUUUCAGUGAUUUUUCAAAGAAGGAGCGAACGUUAUUUCAAAGAAUGAUUUUUCAUUGAAGAGUGUUUGUUAAUAUUCAAAGAGUGAUUUUUUCAUUGAGAAGCGAUGUUUCCAUCAAAGAGUGAUUUUUCAUUGAAAGAUUGAUGGUUCCAUCAAAGAGUGAUAGUUCAUCGAAGAAAAGAUAGUUCAUGAAGGAAGUAAUGGUAGCCUUAUUGUGGACCGAUAUUGCUCAAGAAACUGGUGUCUGAUGGGAUAGUAAACAUGUUAUACAUGUUUAUAAAUAUUUGUAUAGGUUUAUGGUUGAUUUAUAAUAUUUUGAGUAUGAAAAUCAUAGAUGGUGUACUUUUGUUAUUUCUUGCUGUGAAAAUGCUAUUGUGAUGUUAGUCUAUGCUUAUGUUAUAAAAACACAUCUUUUGAUAUAUUUGAAUAUACAUGUGAGCUGUGAUUGGUAGAUGUUCAAGUCGAAUAGAUUUUGUAUAAUAACUGAUAACUGUGUAUCUUUUUGUACAGUUACACUUUUGUGCUAAUAUAGAUUUCAUGCCUUAUUUCUGAAUUGGAAUAAAACAUUUCCCUUUAUUAAAACCCCUAAAUGCCAUACAUGUAUACUGGGGAUUUACUUUGAUGUUAAUUAUGUAUUGAUAAAUGAAUCACAGUCUUUGAUAUAAUGUGCUCAAAAUUAUAUGCCGGUACACUGAACAUUUAAAACUAUUUUGAACAAUUAUGUAUAAUAUUUUGCAUGAACAUUAUCGAAUAUAACUUUUUUUAUAAUAAUUUAUAUAGAAUAAGAUUUACCUUUCGAUAUAGUCUAUGGUAAAAAUCCAACGUAAAAUGCCUUGUGCAGCCGAAAUAUUGCAAACACUUGUAUUAACAGCAUAAUAAGGUGUAAAGUUUGUUUGUUUCCAAUUUCUCUGCCCUAAAAUGGGGAAGAUAUGUCAGUAUUUUUAGCUCUACUGGCCAAAGGCCAGAAGAGCUUAUGCGAUGGUAAUGUGUACGUAGUAUGUGCGUUCGUGCGUCUGUAAACAAUUGCUUGUGAACACGAUACAGUCUUCAGUUUUGAUUGUAUCUCGAUGAAACUUGAUCAGUAUCUAGAUAUCCAUUAGAGCUUGGUUCCUUUCGAAAACCAGCCAGAUCCGCCCAUGCAUGCCUAGAUUAUGGCCCUUGAUAGUAUAAAAAAAUGCUAUUGUGUAAACAAUUGGUUGUGAACACGAUACAGUCUUCAUUUUUGAUUGGAUCUCGAUGAAACUUGUACAGUAUUUAGAUACCAUUAGAGCUCGGUUCCUUUGGAAAACCAGCCAGAUCCGCCCAUGCAUGCCUAGAUUAUGGCCCUUGAUAGUAUAAAAAAUGCUAUUGUGUAAACACUAGCUUGUGAACACGAUACAGUCUUCAGUUUUGAUUGUAUCUCGACGAAACUUGUACAGUAUUUAGAUAUCCAUUAGAACUUGGUUCCUUUUGAAAACCAGCCAGAUCUGCCCAUGCAUGCCUGGAUUAUGGAUCUUGAAAGUAUAAAAAAUGCUAUUUUAAGCUAAGUUUAUUUUUAGCCAAGUCUACAUGAGCGAAGUCUAGUUUUAGCCAAGUUUACAUGUAAAGUCACAAUUGCUUGUGAAGGUUUGUUCAAAUUAUGUCCCUGGGGUCAUUA